AAUCACCUCACAGCUUUUUGCUCUUCCACUUUCUCUUUUCUUUCUUUUCUUCCUUUUCCCUAUCCAAAUCACCAUUCUCGCCUUGCAACCAGGCAAUAUCGGCAAGGCGCCCCUCUUCGCUUUCCCCCAAGUUCCGGUGAAGGUCAACUUUGGAUAGUGCACAAUGCCGGUCACUACAGCAGUCGUACCGUCUCGCUUCUUCGCAGCAUUCUUCCCACCAUAAGGACCAUCAACAUGGGUUCGGUAGGGAAUGCUACCCGGUUUACAAUGACUCUUAUCUACGGCAAUCUCCUCUGGUCUAUACCGACCAGCGAAAUGUUCAACAAUCACAGUACGGAUACAUAGACGGCGGGCUUCUAGACCCAACUGUCUUCCACCAUGGCCAUGUCAACGUCGACGUCGAUCUCUUCGACAGUCUCAACAACGAUGUUCCUUUUGACGAACAGUUGUGGGUGGACUUUGAACAAACCUCGAUGGAAGAAGAAUUACCAGCGUCGUCGGGACUUGACACCUCGCUGGUGGAGGUGGAGGUAGAGGCAGAGGCAGAGGGGAAAGAAGCAGAUUUUGUUCCUGGGAGUGUCUCGAGUCCAUCGACAACUUUCCCAGAAACAUUCUUCAUGAACCCGUUCGCUGUCUCCUUCCCGGGAGAUAUUCCGUGCCAUUCGUCAAUAUCAAUCACGGACUCAAGCACGGCAACGACACCUUCAAUGACGUGGUCCACGACACCCAAGACCGCCACUCCACAUCUUAGCCAGGAGACUUCGAUGCUCAAAGCUGCCACUUGCGCGCCAUCCCUGGUGAAUACUCCAGCAUCGUUGCCAAGGUCUCGCUUGACCAGACCGUUGGCUGCAGAUGCGUCCAGGACAGGGGAAACUUCGGUGUCUUCUUCUUUCGCUUCAAGUGCGGCACCUGCCAAAGUGAUGAAGACGACACCAAACCCUCCUGCGGUCCAACACACUCAGAUUCACUUUGUUGAUAUGGCCGACAAGAAAGGUGCACAGCGGAUUCGCAAUACCAUGAAUUCACGCAAGCAUAGACAAAACAAACUCGACAAGAUUAGGGAGUUGGAAAAGAGACUUGCUGGUCUCGAGGAGGAGAAGGGGAAGUGGCGAGAACGGGCGGAGGGAUUGGGAUGGAAGCAGGCUUGAAUCAUGCUGGACAAGCAUGGAGUUUUUAUAAAGAGGGGAUUAUGAGAGUACGACUUUUUCUCUUUGAGAAAAAAAAGCUUUUGAUUAUUCAUUAUCCAUUAUCUUGUUUACUCUAAUUCGAUCUUUGGAACCUUCAAGAGUGAUAGGCCCUUGAUUCUUUCUAGGUAAUUUUCUAUUAGUGGUCGUAGG